AUGCCGUCGGUCAGCAGCGAGCGAGCCGCCCUGUGCGCCGGCUGCGGGGGGAAGAUCUCGGACCGCUACUACCUCCUGGCGGUGGACAAGCAGUGGCACAUGCGUUGUCUGAAGUGUUGCGAGUGUAAACUUAACCUGGAAUCCGAGCUCACCUGUUUCAGCAAAGACGGCAGCAUCUACUGCAAGGAAGACUACUACAGGAGGUUCUCGGUCCAGCGCUGCGCCCGCUGCCACCUGGGCAUCUCCGCCUCGGAGAUGGUGAUGCGCGCCCGAGACUCGGUUUACCACCUGAACUGCUUCACCUGCUCCACCUGCGCCAAGAUGCUGACCACCGGCGACCACUUCGGCAUGAAGGACGGGCUGGUUUACUGCCGCCUGCACUUCGAGGCGCUGCUGCGGGACGAGUACCAGCUCCACUUCAACCACGCCGAAGGGGUGGGCGGCAAAGGCCCCGCGCUGGGGGCCGCCGCCCCGCUGGGCCUGCCCUACUACAACGGCGUGGGCACCGUGCAGAAGGGGCGGCCCAGGAAACGGAAGAGCCCGGGUCCCGGCGCUGAGCUGGCCGCCUACAACGCAGCCCUGAGUUGCAAUGAGAAUGACGGCAGCCCCCUGGACCGAGACCAACAUUACCCCAGCAAUCAAAAGACCAAACGCAUGAGGACUUCCUUCAAACACCACCAGCUGCGGACAAUGAAAUCCUAUUUUGCAAUUAAUCACAAUCCGGACGCCAAGGACUUGAAGCAGCUGGCUCAGAAAACGGGUUUAACCAAGAGGGUGCUCCAG